UCCCGAGGGGCCUCUCCGACGGAGACAACAGAACUCUCCAAGGGAGAGAAGGGCCUUCACCCCCUUUGGCUGGGUCCCUGCUCUCCAGAGGGUUUGGGGUGGGGCACUGGGCGCUCCAGGCGGUGCCGGAGGAGGGGAACGUGGAGGCAGAGGCACCAUCAAGCCCCCUGCCGGACAGGCGCCCCCCCCCCCGCCCCCCGCCAGAACCGCUGUCUAACCCGCCCACGCUGACGCUGAAACGAGCUGGCGUCCUGGCAGGACAGGGCCCCAUCUGUGUAAGGGACCCCCACCAUGUGUCUGCGCGUCUCUCCUCUGGCCUCUCGCACCCCAGUAUGGAUGAGGAAGAGCUCCUUGGUGGAACUGGGGUUAAAACACCCCAUGCUCUCUUGGAAUGAAAGUGUUCCCCUAACCGGCUCGUCUAUCUCGUCCUCUGACUCCGAUUCUCCGUGACUCACCCUGCCCCCUGUCGGGGCUGGCCCUUUCCCCACAGCAGAGAGAGUCACAUGCAGACACCUGGAGAAGCAGCGGAGGGGGAAGGGCUGGGGGGAGCAGCGGCCUUGGCUCGGGAGUGGUGGGUCUGCAGAGUGGAUGCUGUCUCUCCACGAGCCUGAGAGACACGGAAGACCCCAGCCGUGUGAGGAGCUUCCCGUUGGUAGGAUGCCAGGCCAGUGGAGCGGCUCCAGGGCCUUUAUGGUCCCCAACAGAAACAUGAAUGAGAUUACCCCAUAGGCAACACUUCAAACUCUGCUGUCCCAUUGUCCCCCGGAGGCUGCUCUGACUUGUCACACCGUGUGUGGUGCUCGAUAUGGAAAACUCAUUCCCUGCGCCCAUAGGUGGCUAGAUGGACACCCAGUUCCUCCCUGAAGCAGCUUCAUUAUGCAAGCUGGGUAGGUAGCUGCCCCCCCAGCCCUUCCCCAACCCCCAUCGGACCGGCCAAACACCUGCGUAACGCCCAGCACUCAGAUCUGUGCACACUGCGCCCAGCGCGCAGCCACACACACUGACCCUCAGGCUGUGAGCGCCCCCAGGAUCCAACCCCGGGCCUCACUAACAUGCCCCCCCAAACGUGUUGCCCUGGAGCUACGUUUCCUUUGGAUCUAGUUCAAGGGGCUGGAGAAUCAGUGAGAGUCAUCGUGCGCCCUUUCCCUCCACUUUCCCAGCAGCCUCUCCCCUCUGGCUUACACAUAACCCCUGGCCCCUCUUCCUUCCUGGUGCCUGAAGGAUCCGUCCUUGCUGGAAAGCCCCCUGGCUCCUCAGCCUCCCUUUCCACCUUUGGGAAAAUACCCGCUAUCUGGUUGCCACCCUUUUCCUUUCCUAAGUGCAGGUCAUGCGGGUCCCCACUAGUGGAAUCCAACCUCAAAACAGGAAGCCUGGGCUGGUGCCCCCCGCAGGCCCGCGGCCCAGGCAGGCAGUGGGCGUGGGGCAAAGGCUUCCUGAAUUCCCCGCUCCCCCCGCCGCCUGUCCCACGGCCCUGCCCAGAACUGAUGGCCUUCAUUAGCCCCUGGCACUUAUCUUGGAGCCACAGUCACCGGCAGGACGUUCCCAGCCCCUGCCUCUGCGCGCGCGAGCCUGGCAGUGCCAUGGGGAACUGUCUGCAGCACCCGGUGGCGGAUGAGGACUCUACUAAGUUCUCCUUUGAAGACGAUAUUUGGGCUGAGUUCAAUGACUCCUACGACAUGGACUAUAACAUCAGCAAUGUGGAAGCUGCUGCCCCCUGCCGCUCCUGCGCCCUGCUGGAUGACUCCUCGCUGCCCUUCUUCGUCCUCGCCAGUGUCCUGGGCAUCCUUGCGGGGGGCGCUGUUCUCUUGGCGCUCCUCAGACCUCUCUUCCACUGGCGGGUCUGCCCCGGGAGGCCGGUUCUCAUCCAGCUGGCCGUGGGCAGCACCCUCUUCAGUGCCGUGGUGCCCAUCCUGGCGCCGGGGCUGAACGGUGUCCAGAGCACGGCCCUGUGCCACCUGGCUCACCUGCUCUGGUACAGCUCAGCCUUUGCCCAGGCUCUGCUCAUCGGGUGCCAUGCCUGCCUGGGCCCCAAACUGGGUGCGGGCCACGUCCCAGGCAUCACCCUCUGGCUCCCUGUGGGACUCUGGGGAGCGGCUCUUCUCCUGGGGUUGCCCGUCACACUGGCCAGUGACACUUCCCGUGGACUCUGCUCCCUGACGUUCAACAAAAGCCCCAGGUUUCUGCUACUCUUGCAUGUGGCCGCCUGCUUUACGAUCUUCACCUUGUUGCCACUGGGCCUGUUGGGAGCCAAGGCACUGACGAAAGCUUUGGGCAGGUGUCCAGGUCCCCAGGCUAGUGUCCUGUGGGUCUGGUUUGUUUUCUGGUGGCCUCAUGGGGUGGCUCUGGGAGUGGACUUUCUUGUGAGGUCCAAGUCUGUGGUUCUGUGGACAUGUCUUGCCCAGCAGGCUCUGGACCUGCUGUUGCACCUGGCAGAGGCCCUGGCUAUACUGCACUGUGCGGCCACACCCCUGCUCCUGGCCCUGUCCUACCACCAGACCACCCGCACGCCCCCGCCCUCCCUGCCUCUCUCGGCAAGACAGCCUUCUCAUCUGGACCCCCUGGGAGGCAAGUCCUAGCCUCUUCACGCCUGUCCACCUGAAUUAAAGUCUACGCUUCUUUUGUGAA